CGAACUUCGUUGUUUUACGCCGCUGGUAAUGGCCAAAUGGCGGCCGUACAGCUUUUAGUCGAAAGAGGUGCUAAUGCCCGAGGGAUGGAUGAAUACUACUGCACUCUGCUACACCAUGCAGCAGCAUCGGGAAGCAAGGAGGUAGUGGAAUUUUUGCUGCAGAAUGGCGCCAAAAUUGGGUCGAUAGAUGAGAGGGGAGAUACGCCGUUGCAUAAUGCCGCCGAUUACGGAAAGGACGAAACGGUGCAAAUUUUGCUCCAGAAUGGUGCCGAUAUCGAAUCAAGAAAUGAAGGCGGCAAGACACCACUACACUAUGCUAAUCGAUGGUGGGGGGUUAACGUACUAAAGACGGUGCAGAUUUUGGUUGAAAAUGGUGCCGAUAUCCAAGCGAUGGAUAGAAGCUAUUCGACUCCGCUACACUAUGCAGCAAGAUCGGGAAGCAAGGAGGUAGUGGAAUUUUUGCUGCAGAAUGGCGCCAAAAUUGGGUCGAUAGAUGAGAGGGGAGAUGCGCCGUUG